AUGCAGACGAUUCUCUCCAGAGCCGGAAAGGCUCCUCGCAGCGGGUGCAAAGCCUGCACCAGCGCCAUCGAGACCCUGGGCAAGAGACCCGUCUCUGCUCGCCGCAAGCCGACGUUCGCCGAGCUCUUCACAGCAUGCUACAGCUCGGUAUUUGCCACAGCAGCAUUGGUAGAUGCUGUCAGAAAGGAUGACCGCAGGAAAGAGCUGGAUCGCCAGCUAGAGGAGGUCCGGAAGGAAUUGGCAGAUCUUCAGGAUGGCCGGCAACGGCCCAGCUCGGAUGACGACUCCAAAGGUCCAGAACUCAAUCUUCGACAGAUGGACGCACUCUGGCAGAGCUUGAAGAAGAUAUACAACAGCCGACCGUACAUGAAGGAGAUACACCAACCGGCAACCAUUAGCGCAUCCGAUGUUAUCGAAGCUCUGAAGCACGAACACUACGGAAGCUCAAGCGAUCCGCUGCGUAAUUCCAAGAGGCAGAUAAAUUACGACAGGCUCGAAGGUGCAAUAAUGCAAGAAGAGAGUGCAAAGGGGAGGUACUAUCGAGAGCCCCGGAAUCAGGCUCAGCUGCUCCGCGAAUCGCUGAGUACAGAGACCCUUGUCCGGAAACUGCUGGAUCGCACAAGAUACCUCCCUGAAGACCAGUCCGGCCCCUCGCUUCAAAAGGCCCGGAAUCUGCUAGAAAAAGGAAGCCCGGGGUUCACAUUUCGAUCCAUCGAUGCAGCUAGGGCGCGGGAUAACACCAUCCUGCUGAACAAGCGCCUGAGAGCUUUGGGCGCCGCUUCAAAUCUUAGUAUGAAGGAGAAAGUUGGCAGGAUUUGCUAUAACCUGCUUGUUUCAUCGCACCCGCCUGAUAUACACACCUACAAUACGCUCAUUGUUGCGUUUAACAAGUCAGGCCAUCAUUCAUUCGCCGAAGCACUUGUGGCUUCGUUCUUCCAAUACCGACUGCUACAGCCUACGCCAUCCACCUUCAUCGCCAUCCUAAAUCAUUACCAAUGCACCAAUAACCAUGGAAGAUUCUUGCGUGCCCUCGCAUGCAUUACCGGGCUCGACAAUCGGACCGGCGCAAAAGUUCGCCGGAGGCACAUAUCAGACAUUGAGGAAAACCCGAACCUCCUACCGUGGGCCUUGGAUUCUAGACGCCGUACUCUCACAGGAGAUUGGAUCUGGGACCAUCUACCCCUGUCGCAGCCUUUGGUGGAAGAAAUCAUCGGCGGCCUGCUUCACUUUAAGCUUUUUGACCAGGCUGCGGCGUUUUUCAUUUCAUGCAUGCAGUCUGGAGUAAACCUGAGCUUGGAUUCAGUCAAAUAUUUCCUUGAUGAAUGCAUCAAUGCUCUGGACUGGAAAGCUGCAGUUCGAUUGACGUCUAGCUUCGCACGGUCCCAACCAACAUUGCAGAGGCUACUCAGAGUGGGAGGGGAUGACGAGAGCACCUCAUACAUUGCCGGCCGGGUCCGAGUUUUGUUAGAUAUUUGUGGCCUUGGCGGUCCAGAUAAGCCAUCCAAGUCGCUUUUGGUCAAUUUGAAGGUUUCAGGCCCUUCUUUCAACAAGCUCCUCAACACAUUGGCCCAGGAGGCGGGUCCACAACAAGCAAGGUCGACAUCCGAUCAAGAGAUUUCCAGGUCCAGAAGCAGAGUGCUGCAAUUGGAGAGUAUAUGGAAAGAAUAUGAGUUUGUGAGAAAGACAACACUUUCCAUUGAGAGCAAGCUCCUUUAUCCCGACUUCUCACAUGCCUUCCGAGCUUCAGUGGCACUCCACAUUGGCAAGGCAGCUACUCAGAGAAGCGAGCGGUUAGAUGAAGAGCUGAAGCAGCUCAUGAAGAGUCCCGCUUCAAUAGGAUCGAUGCCGCGGCUACCUUUAGAGAGCGAGGAGAUUAUGAAAGACAGCUGUCCUUCUCUAGAUACGACGCCCCCUCCCGAGGGAGAUGCGCGCACAGAAGCAGAAACCCCCCCAACGGGAAUCGUGGAAAAGUUGGAAUUGAUCGACCGUGGGAAUACCAUUGAAACCAAACUCAUGGGGCCGAGACCUGGGCAGGUAUUACCAGCCUGGCCCGGCUGUUUACCAAGUGAAGGCAACGUGCUUCGAAGAAUGGCCGUAAUGGAUGAGAGGAUGAUGAGAACCGAAGGGUGA